UGCCCAGCUUUGCCAUGCAGGGAGCUAGAUACACGAUCGGUCUUGCAGACGCGAGUGAUGUGGUAAGCUGUUGUCUCCAAUCGGGGGAGAGAGAAAGGUGGAGAGGAUGCACCAAAGAUUUCUACUUCGUCAUGUUCUGCCCAGGACCCUGAAGAUUAGUAACUCCCUAGGAUGGGGCAGCAGCAUCAUGUUGUUCCAGGCUGCUGGACAUACAGAUUUCUACUCUUGCAUUAUCAGGGGUGUAGUGCAAGCUUUAUCUGAAGCAGGUACCAGAGCAUGAUGAGCCGUUUUCUGAACGUGUUGCGCAGCUGGCUAGUCAUGGUGUCCAUCAUCGCAAUGGGGAACACAUUGCAGAGUUUUCGUGACCACAGUUUUCUCUCUGAGAAGCUGUAUACAGGCACACCUAGCCUUGUGAAUGGUCUCCAAGCUCGGACUUUUGGCAUCUGGACUCUACUGUCGUCAGUGAUUCGCUGCUCCUGUGCUAUUGACAUUCGCAACAAGACCCUGUAUCACAUCACACUCUUGACCUUCCUCAUAGCCCUGGGUCACUUCCUCUCUGAAGUGUUUGUUUAUGGCACAGCAGCCCCGACAAUCGGUGUCCUGGCACCCCUGAUGGUGGCAAGUUUCUCCAUCCUGGGCAUGUUGAUUGGGCUGCAAUACCUGGACGUGGAAGCAGUGUCACGAAACAAGAAGAGAAACUGAAGCCAAGGGUCCCACGCAUGUUUACCUCACCUACCUGCUGCCUCCGCAUCGUCCCUACCAAACUCCUGCCAUCUUACUUUCCUUGCACCGUCUCUGCUUGUCUAGCUCCCUGAAGUCAGAUCAUUCUCCUUAGACACUCUUCAUUAGCAAUCACCUCUACAGGCAGUGUUUUAAUGUUGACCAGAGAUAAAAGUCCAACCCCAAAUUUGUGGGGGCUAUCCCACCAUAGACAUUGCCUGAGACAUCCCCACGCUGGCAAGCAAACCAGUUCCCACCAUACCCAGCACAGUUCUGCCCCCAAAGCACCUGCAGGGAGGAGGAAUAAAGCCACCCAUGACCUGCUGGCAAUUUCUGUGGGGAAGGAGACCAAGUCCAGCUCCUGGUGCCCUUGUGUAGCCUGCAUGUGUCUGUGUUGCUGGGGCAGUUUGUAAUAAACAAUAGAAAACUGUGGAAGGCUCAGAGUCUUGCCUUCCACUACAGAGAGUGAGGGAGGAAGGGAGACCUGGCCUGAGUGACAAGGAGCGCCCACCUAAAGGGUAAGUCGGACCUCCUACCUGGCCAAGGCCUCCCUCCAGUUUCCUGCUGCACAGCCUGACUGCUCAUAUUGUGUAGACACGAAGUGCAGUGGAGAUCUAUUUGCUGCUUCUUCCUCUUUUCCUCAUUUACAAGGGUCAUAGUAGUAAACCCAGCUGUUCCUUUACUUCCUUCUCUGACUGCCACACAGCUCCCAAUAGUGGCUCAGUGAAUAAUGUGGUGUUUGUGAGAGCAGAAAGGGCUUGGGCCUGGGCCUGGGCCAGGCUGAAACUGGAGAAAGCAGGUGGUGGGAGGGCAAGAGGGCUGUGCAGAAGCAGGAGUGAGGAUAUUAGAGGAUGUAGGAGAGAAUGGGCACUAGUUACAGACAGUUGCUUCUGCUCUCUGAACCAGAAACCCUUGUCCUAUUCAGUGUGGCCACCCCAGAAAUUCCAGUGAGAGCAGACUGUGUAGGAAGAUGUUAACCACAUAAUUCCCUUUGUAUACCACAGGGGUGGGCCUGUCCAUCUGCAUUGCCAUUAGUGGGCUCACACAGCUGCAGGGUAUGCACCUUUUCUACAGCUCUGCCAGUGGUAGGCUCUCUGUGGGUGGAAUAUUUAUGGAUGACCUUCAGACAGUUGCACCAAUACAGCUAUUAAAUACAAAUUAUAUUUAAAAAUACAAGGAAUCCAGUGUACAUUUUCCCAAGGUCUUGUGAGAUAACCCAGGCCUGAGCCACUCUCACCAUCCCCAAAAUUGCAUUAUAAUAAAUCAGGGUAACUUGUGAAGGUAGGCCAGAGCUAACAGAUGCUCCUUCUCCCUUAGAAAUAGAAGGAAGACAGCACUGGUCCAUGGGCACACACUGCAUUAUUGAGCAUCAGUCCAAUGUCACCAAAACUGUAGCCUGCACAGCACUUACUGGUGGCCCAGAAAGAUGACAGGUCAUGUGGUAACAGCUCUUCUUGUUUCCAGCUACUUCAGCAGGUGUCCAGGCACUUUAUUGCACAGAGGCACCUAGAGACUUGCAGAAGCAGAGGGACAUGAGGAAGUGGCAACCUAGUUGCUGCUUCUAGGGGCUAGGGCUACUGAAGAGGAGAGGAAACAGGAACUCCUUCCAGCAACCCAGGGGUGUGGAGCUGCCAGCCACCAGCAAGAUAGGAUGUCUGAAGAAAUAUAUUGGGAGGGGGAGAUUGGAGCCCAAAGGACUAGGUGGCUGGGAAAUGUACAGCUGGGGGAAGGAGCAGAGGAACAGAUGUGUGUGGGGGGGGAGGGGGGUAAAAUGGGGAGCAAACGCAGAAAGAAUAAAUAGCUUUUUCAGGACACAUUAAAAUAUCAUUUUCCUAAUCUUUGCCCUGUGACUGACUGGAAUUGCAAGGUGAUUCUCACCCAGUGAUGGAAUACAUGGGGGAGCCACUGAUAAUAAAAGAAGCAAACUACAUGAUUGCAGCUGGGAAGAGAGAUGGGUUCAAUGCUCAUGAGAGGGGGAGUAGGCAGCAGCAAACUGAAGGCCGAUGGUGAGUGGGAGAAGUGUCCAAGGGAUUCUCAGCUGAUGUAGCUCCUUAUUAAGUUUAGGGAUGCCCUGUGCAAGAGCAACCUCUGCCUGCCUCCCACUGAAUCGCUGCCGAGCAUUGGUACAAUGAAUUGAACAAGAGAGGGGUCGGGAGGAAGGAAGAGGAAUUGGGAGCACAGUUCAUUUUGUCUGUCCUAGCCAAGGACUCUCACAAAAUGUGUAGUGUUUUUAUAGCACCAACCUUGCGCUUGUGUAAAGUGCUUUUCACCAAAGGAAGGGGAUGUGGUCCCUGGCCCAAGGAUCUCAAAGUCUAACUCGGUAGUGUUGUCCCUAUAGCACUGGUGUCAAGUAAGAAGUGGGUUAGACCCUGAUGCACUUCACCCUAGCACCAGGCCCUGUGGCCUCAAAGGAUUUGACUCACUCUUAGGCUAUCCCCAGGACACACACUGGUACUUCCUGUCUUUUUUUUUUUUAAUUUACUCUACAAAAUUUCUAAAACCAUCAAGGCAGUUUAGUUAAAAUAGAAAAUUACGUUAGUCUACAAAUUAAA